GCCCUCUCUCUCACUCUCAUACAUUAGCUUGUCUCUCCACAAUCUCUCUGUGUCUCUCUCUAACCACGGACGGGAUUCAUUUUUCAUAUAAAAUCCACAAACAAUCUCUCUCUCUCUCUCUCACACACAGCCUUGUGCUAUUCAGAGGUCAUAGACUCAUAAAUAAGACCAGCUUCCACGUGGUUCUGGGGCUCCCCAACGCGAACUACUAACCACGCGUCAGCGUUGGGAAAAAAAUACAGUAGAAAUGGACAAGACACCUCAAAACACCCAAACCAACCACAAUAACAUUUCCUCAUCUCUUCAUCCUUUCUCUCUCUCUCCAUCUCCAUCCUUGCCGCCGGAUCUGUUUGUCUGUUGGUUUUCCAGCUGUAGCCGCUAGCUGCUUCACGCCCUUUGACCCACGAGCACUACUCACAGCGAUCUUGCUCUUCUGGUUGACCUCGGCAAGUCACGGUCAGCAGACAGAAACAGAGAGAGCGAGAGAGCGAGAGAGAGAGAGAGAGAGAGAGGGAUGGUGGUGGGAGACAAAGUAGUAGUUGAUGAUAUGGGGGAAGGGAUGCAGUGCAGCGACCACCCAUACCGGAGCAAUCCUGGUGGCAUCUGCGCUUUUUGCCUGCAGGAAAAGCUGGGGAAGCUGGUCUCUUCCUCCAAGUCCAACCCCUUCUUCCCUAUCCCAUCGGGCGCCUCCUCCUCUUCGCCCUCCUUCCGCGCCGAUGUCGCCUUUGGCGACUCUGUUGCUGUCAGUGCUGCGUCUCGGACUAAGAUCCACUUUCUCUCUUCUUCUAACGGCAGCAGCAACGGCUAUGGCAACAGCAACGGCAACAAGAAGAAGAAUGGCAGCAGCACCAGCCUUGCAUACAUGAGCAGCGGGAGCAGGAAGACGGGUACAACCAACAUGGGCAAAAGCAAUAACCUGGUUUUGAAGAGGAGCAAAUCAGUGGCACCGAGCACAAGAACUGUGACGGAAGGAGGCACCAUGGACGUGGCCGCAGACAGCCCUCGGAAGAAAAGCUUCUGGUCUUUCCUUAACCCCUCUGCUGCUGGAAACAACCAAAGGCGGCCGUCAUCCUCUUCCUCGGGCGAGUCCAGAGAUCUGAGGCAGCAGCAUUACGGUUCAAGCAGCAGCAGCCUGGCAAUUGGUAAGGAGGUGGAUGGCAGGACCCCUGGAAGGGAGCAGCUGGACGUGGAUAGUCCGAACGAGAGCCAAGGGGCGUCAUCCUUUGGGCGCAAGGUGGCGAGAUCCAGAUCCGUAGGAUGCGGUAGCAGGAGCUUUUCUGGGGAUUUUUUGGAACGCAUCUCUACUGGAUUUGGUGACUGCACUCUCCGCAGGGUGGAGUCUCACCGCGAGACUAAGCCCAAGAUCGUCCUUCAUCGAAUCACUGGUGCCGACCAAAACGGCGACGAGCAGCGUUUCAAGGAGCGGGUCAAGUGUGGUGGCAUCUUCGGAGGGUUUGGAAUGAUCUCCUCGUAUUCCUACUUUGCUGAAGACUAUGAGAGUGCUAGCACUACCAGAAGCACGGCUUCGGACUUAACCCGAGAAGGCGGCACUCCUCACGGUCGGAGCAGAAGCUGGAGCUGGGCCUUCUCGAGUUCCAGGAGGGCCUUGCGGCCCUCCUCUGCCUCCAAGCCAUAUGCCAGACGUAUGGAUGAGGCCCCCUCCAGUGUCAUCUCUGCCGUCAACAACACUGUUGUAGUCGGUACGCCGGCGGCCGCACCACACCUACGAUAGGUGUGACCUUUCUUCGUCAUCCAUUGACGUUAAAGGCUGGCUAGCUACUGUGUUCAUCCACCCGUUUCUUUUUUUCCUUUUUUUUUUAAAAAAAAUAUAUUUUAUCAUCUUUUUGGAUUGUCAAAGAAGAAAAAAGGUUCGGAAUUGCUCUCCUCUCUUUUAUAUAAUUCUUGUUGUAAUUUUAUAAGAUUCUAUAUUUUUACA